UCACAGGUCAUUAAUAUAUAUAACAUUAAUAACUUUUGUGGUUAUAUUACAGUUUGGGUCAGUUAUAUAGCAAUAUCACAUAGCCGAGACCGUCGAGACGGAUAUUUAUGUUGUUGAUCCUGUAAACACGGUGUAAAAGUGAGAGGGAAAGAGGGAAGACGGGCACUGGCAGACGCUGGCAGAGCAGUAAACUCAGUGAAUUCCUGUGAACGGCAGUAGUUGUGUGCAAGAUGGCGUUUUUAGAUUCCAAAGCCCCGCUUCGUACUGUUAAGCGGGUGCAAUUUGGAAUAUUGGCUCCAGAUGAAAUUCGCCGUAUGUCAGUAACAGAGGGAGGCAUUCGUUUCCCUGAAACAUAUGAAGGUGGAAGACCAAAACUUCAAGGUCUUAUGGACCCUCGGCAAGGUGUUAUGGAUAGGAAUUCUCGUUGCCAAACUUGCGCUGGUAACCAGACUGAAUGUCCUGGGCACUUUGGACAUAUAGAUCUGGCUAAACCUGUUUUCCAUGUUGGUUUUAUUACAAAGACGAUUAAAAUCUUACGAUGUGUAUGUUUUUAUUGCUCCAAGAUGCUUGUUAGUCCGGCAAACCCUAAGAUCAAAGAAGUUGUGAUGAAAUCAAAAGGCCAACCCAGGAAACGUCUGACGUUUGUAUAUGAUCUUUGCAAAGGCAAAAAUAUUUGUGAGGGAGGUGAUGAAAUGGAUAUUCACAAAGAGAAUCCUGAUGAUCCAAACAACCAGCAGCCUCGCAAACAAGGACAUGGAGGCUGUGGUCGUUACCAACCAAACAUUAGAAGAACAGGGCUUGACCUGACUGCUGAGUGGAAGCAUGUGAAUGAAGAUUCGCAAGAAAAGAAAAUAAGUUUGAAUGCUGAAAGGGUGUGGGAGAUUCUCAGGCACAUAACAGAUGAAGAAUGUUACAUCUUGGGAAUGGAUCCAAAGUUUGCUCGACCCGACUGGAUGAUAGUAACAGUUUUGCCCGUUCCACCCUUGUCAGUUCGGCCUGCUGUCGUCAUGUAUGGCUCAGCAAGAAAUCAGGAUGAUUUGACCCAUAAACUUGCAGACAUUAUAAAAGCAAACAAUGAAUUAAUAAGAAAUGAGCAAGCAGGAGCUGCAGCGCAUGUCAUCUCAGAAAACAUAAAAAUGCUUCAGUUCCAUGUGGCUACACUUGUUGAUAAUGACAUGCCAGGUUUGCCAAGAGCAAUGCAAAAAUCGGGAAAACCAUUGAAAGCAAUCAAGGCACGUCUAAAGGGAAAGGAAGGCCGUAUCCGUGGUAACUUGAUGGGGAAACGAGUUGACUUCUCUGCCCGAACUGUAAUUACACCUGAUCCAAAUCUCCGUAUUGACCAGGUCGGAGUUCCUCGAUCUAUUGCACAGAACAUGACAUUUCCAGAAAUUGUGACGCCGUUCAAUAUUGACAAAAUGCAGGAGUUGGUGCGCAGAGGAAACUCGCAGUACCCAGGAGCAAAAUAUAUUGUGCGAGACAAUGGUGAACGAAUUGAUCUACGUUUUCAUCCAAAAUCAUCUGAUCUUCACCUGCAGUGUGGUUAUAAAGUAGAACGACACAUCCGUGAUGGUGACUUGGUUAUAUUCAACCGUCAGCCAACACUACACAAAAUGUCCAUGAUGGGCCACAGGGUCAAAGUUUUGCCUUGGUCAACAUUCAGGAUGAAUCUCAGCUGCACAUCGCCAUACAAUGCUGACUUUGAUGGUGAUGAAAUGAAUCUUCAUGUUCCACAAUCAAUGGAGACACGAGCCGAGGUGGAGAAUAUACAUGUAACACCACGCCAGAUCAUUACACCACAGGCCAACAAACCUGUAAUGGGUAUUGUGCAGGACACACUUACAGCUGUUAGGAAGAUGACAAAGCGAGAUGUCUUCCUUGAGAAGGAACAAAUGAUGAAUCUCUUGAUGUUUCUUCCCAUUUGGGAUGGAAAAAUGCCACAGCCAGCAAUAAUGAAACCAAAACCUUUGUGGACAGGAAAACAGGUUUUCUCCCUUAUUAUCCCAGGAAAUGUAAACAUGAUCCGAACACAUUCAACACAUCCAGAUGAAGAAGAUGAUGGUCCAUUCAAAUGGAUUUCUCCAGGGGACACUAAGGUUAUGGUAGAACAUGGUGAACUUGUCAUGGGUAUUUUGUGCAAGAAAACCCUUGGAACAUCUGCUGGAUCCUUGCUGCACAUCUGUAUGUUGGAGUUAGGUCAUGAAGUAUGUGGUCAGUUCUAUGGAAACAUUCAGACUGUUGUGAACAAUUGGUUGCUUCUUGAAGGUCACUCUAUUGGUAUUGGAGACACCAUUGCUGAUCCCCAGACAUACUUAGAAAUUCAGAAAGCUAUCAAGAAAGCUAAGGAGGAUGUGAUAGAAGUUAUCCAAAAAGCACACAACAUGGAACUUGAGCCUACACCUGGCAACACUCUGAGGCAGACUUUUGAGAAUCAGGUGAACCGCAUUCUGAAUGAUGCUCGAGAUAAGACAGGAGGCUCAGCGAAGAAAUCUCUAACAGAAUACAACAACUUGAAAGCUAUGGUGGUGUCUGGAUCAAAGGGGUCAAACAUUAACAUCUCACAGGUUAUUGCUUGUGUGGGUCAACAGAACGUUGAAGGUAAACGUAUUCCUUUUGGAUUUCGGAAGCGGACGUUACCCCACUUCAUCAAAGAUGACUAUGGUCCAGAAUCAAGAGGUUUUGUAGAAAACUCAUACCUGGCUGGGCUUACUCCUUCAGAGUUCUUUUUCCAUGCUAUGGGAGGAAGAGAAGGUCUUAUUGAUACAGCUGUUAAGACAGCUGAAACAGGAUAUAUACAGCGUCGUCUCAUCAAGGCUAUGGAGUCUGUCAUGGUUCAUUAUGAUGGAACAGUUCGUAACUCAGUGGGACAGUUGAUUCAGUUGCGGUAUGGUGAAGAUGGUCUUUGUGGAGAAACUGUUGAAUUUCAGAAUCUACCCACAAUAAAAUUGUCAAAUAAGUCCUUCGAGAAGAAGUUCAAAUUUGAUCCAACAAAUGAAAGAUACUUACGUAGAAUCUUCAAUGAGGAUAUUCUGAAGGAACUCAUGGGUAGUAGUGAUGUAAUAUCAGAGUUAGAGAAAGAGUGGGAACAACUCAUGAAAGAUCGUGAAGCACUACGACAAAUCUUCCCCAGUGGAGAGAGCAAAGUGGUAUUGCCAUGCAACCUGCAGCGUAUGAUUUGGAAUGUUCAGAAAAUCUUUCAUAUUAAUAAACGUGCACCUACUGACCUGAGUCCACUAAGGGUCAUUCAAGGUGUAAAUGAUCUUUUGAAGAAGUGCAUCAUUGUGGCUGGUGAUGACCACCUGAGCAAACAGGCCAAUGAGAAUGCAACUUUGCUUUUCCAAUGCCUUGUGCGCUCCACUCUCUGCACCAAAUGUGUUUCUGAGGAGUUCAGAUUAUCUUCUGAGGCAUUUGAGUGGCUUAUAGGUGAAAUUGAGACAAGAUUUCAACAGGCUCAGGUUAGUCCAGGUGAGAUGGUAGGAGCAUUGGCUGCCCAGUCAUUGGGAGAGCCUGCUACACAGAUGACACUGAACACUUUCCACUUUGCUGGUGUAUCCUCCAAGAAUGUAACACUGGGUGUACCCCGCCUGAAAGAAAUCAUCAACAUCAGCAAGAAGCCCAAAGCUCCUUCACUUACAGUGUUCCUUACUGGUGCAGCCGCCAGAGAUGCCGAGAAGGCUAAGAAUGUCCUGUGUCGCUUGGAGCACACUACAUUGAGAAAGGUGACAGCAAAUACUGCUAUUUAUUAUGAUCCAGAUCCUCAGAACACUGUGAUUGCAGAGGAUCAGGAGUUUGUAAAUGUCUACUAUGAGAUGCCUGACUUUGAUCCAACACGCAUUUCUCCCUGGUUGCUGCGAAUUGAACUUGACCGAAAGAGAAUGACAGACAAGAAAUUGACUAUGGAACAGAUUGCUGAAAAGAUAAAUGCUGGUUUUGGUGAUGAUCUCAAUUGCAUUUUCAAUGAUGACAAUGCAGAGAAAUUAGUGUUACGUAUCCGUAUCAUGAACAGUGAUGAUAACAAAUUCCAGGAUGAAGAAGAAACUGUAGACAAAAUGGAAGACGACAUGUUUCUUCGAUGUAUUGAAGCAAAUAUGUUGUCUGACAUGACAUUGCAGGGCAUUGAAGCGAUAGGCAAAGUGUACAUGCAUUUGCCCCAGACAGACUCAAAAAAACGAAUAAUAGUGACUGACACAGGAGAGUUCAAAGCAAUUGCUGAGUGGUUAUUGGAAACUGAUGGCACAAGUAUGAUGAAAGUGCUAAGUGAAAGGGAUGUUGAUACAAAUAGAACUUUCUCCAAUGACAUCUGUGAGAUUUUCUCUGUGCUUGGAAUUGAGGCUGUGCGUAAAUCAGUGGAGAAAGAAAUGAACACUGUCCUGCAGUUCUAUGGUUUAUAUGUGAACUAUCGACAUCUUGCCCUGUUGUGUGACGUGAUGACUGCUAAAGGCCACUUGAUGGCCAUCACACGUCAUGGGAUCAACAGGCAAGAUACAGGCGCACUCAUGAGAUGUUCAUUUGAAGAAACAGUUGAUGUAUUGAUGGACGCAGCAUCACAUGCUGAAGUAGACCCCAUGAGAGGUGUUUCAGAGAACAUCAUUAUGGGACAACUUCCCCGUCUAGGCACAGGAGCAUUUGAUUUGCUGCUUGAUGCAGAGAAGUGCAAAGCAGGUAUAGAAAUACCAAUGAGCAUGGGUGCAGGCAUGAUGGGAGGAGGUAUGUUCUUUGGUAGUGCAGCAUCACCAUCCAUGAGUCCUCAUAUGACUCCAUGGAACCAGGGUGCAACUCCAGCGUAUGUCAGCUCAUGGUCUCCAGGCAAUAUGUUGGGCAGUGGUGCAACUCCAGGUGGACCAAGCUUCUCACCAUCAGGUGCCAGUGAUGCAAGUGGUCUUUCACCUGGAUAUUCACCUUAUUCCCCACAACCUGGAAGUCCAUCUUCACCUGGUCCAGUAAUGAGUCCAUACAUUCCAAGCCCAGUAAGUGGCAUGUCACCAAGUUACUCACCGUCAAGUCCUGCAUAUGCUCCGUCACCCAGCCUGACACCAUCAAGUCCAAAUUACAGUCCAACAAGUCCAUCAUAUUCCCCCACUUCACCAAAUUAUUCACCAACAAGUCCAAGCUACUCCCCAACGAGCCCCUCUUAUUCUCCAACGUCUCCUUCAUAUAGCCCUACUUCUCCAAGCUAUAGUCCAACAAGCCCCAGCUACAGCCCUACCAGUCCAUCCUAUAGUCCAACUAGUCCAUCAUAUUCACCAACAUCUCCAAGCUACAGUCCAACAUCUCCAAGUUACAGUCCAGCGAGUCCCAGUUAUAUCCCAACUAGUCCAUCCUAUUCACCAACAAGCCCAAGUUACUCUCCUACAAGUCCUUCAUAUUCUCCAACCAGCCCAUCUUAUUCACCAAGUCCAUCUUACAGUCCAACAAGUCCAAGUUAUUCUCCAAGUUCACCUAACUACACACCUGCCUCUCCUUCAUAUUCACCAACCAGUCCAAGCUAUUCUCCAAGUUCACCACAGUAUUCACCUGCUAGCCCCAGUUAUUCACCUAGCAGUCCCAAGUACUCACCAACAUCUCCAUCCUAUUCUCCAACCUCACCUUCUUUCCCUGGCUCAUCUCCACAGUACACUCCAGCAUCACCACAGUAUUCACCCACUAGCCCAACAUAUAGCCCAACAAGUCCAUCAUAUUCUCCCAGCUCACCACAACAUACACCUAGUGCCUCCACACAUUACUCACCUACUUCGCCAAAUUAUUCUCCAACUAGCCCUACCUACUCCCCAACAAGUCCACAGUAUUCACCAUCAAGCUCCAAGUACUCUCCCACAAGUCCAACAUAUACCCCUACUUCUCCCAACUAUAGCCCUUCAUCACCUACAUAUUCGCCUGCUGUGCCAGGUUACUCUCCUACCUCUCCCACCUAUUCUCCAACAUCUCCAGCAUAUGAGACUAAUGACUGAAGUACCAGUUCAUAAAUUAAAUGUGAGUGUGGGGAGAGGGAUAUGUUAAAUACAGAGCAACUGUUUCUUAUUGAACAUGUACUAACUUGAAAACUUCAGUUUAAGAAAUUAAUAAACUGCUGUAUAUAGAAAUCACAAUGAAUACUUAUGGAAGUCAGAUACCUUUAGUAACUAAGUCAUCAAUAUUAUACUUCAUUUAUUAUUGGCAGAACAUGCUACUCUGAACUUAACAUGACAUUUUAUACUUAAUAUGAUUCUGUUCAACAAGCUGUAAACUCUUCAAAUCAGAAACAUACCAUAAAACUGCAGUGAAAGCUUGUUGUUACAGUAGUUUUAUAGUAAAUUUUAUGUAUGGCUUAAAGAUAAUGUUGUAAUGGAGUACUGUUAUUGAUUAAUUACAAAUUUGUAAGUGUAAAAGUACUGACUUAAAAAACUAAAAAAAAAUCCAUUGUUUUAUCACAUUGUACUCUCAAGCCAUUACAUUGGUAUACAAUUUAUCUUUGUACGAAGCACCUCACACUUCUUGUGCAUAAUUUAUCAUGUGUGAUGCAGAAACACAGCCCCAUAGUGGCUAUUCCAAUGGUGCGUCAUGUGAGACGAAACCAAGCUGAGGGCCCAGUCCAUUUUUUCUUUAAUUUCUUAAUAAACAAGAGUUAAUGAUGAGCAAGAUUUACAAAUUAACAAAAGUAAAAAAGCACAGGAUAAAUUAUAUAAAUAUUACACCUGUGAACAUUCAUAAUAGCAGAGUUUAUUAAUUAUUUAUUGAUAACAGCAGACAGAAGUAUAUUUCUUAGUGAUAAGUAGAAAAUUGUUUUAACUCCUGGUUUGCACAUUUGUAAUUGCAGCCUUAUAAAUGCUGUUCUCAUUGCAAAUUCAAAUCUUAACAGUAUUGAACUUGUUAUACUGUAGAUCAGUGUAUUAUUUUAAACGACUGUCCAUGCUUUUUAAGUUUUUGUUUAUUUGAAAGAAGCAUAAUAUUUUAUGUUCUGUAGAUGAAAUCCCUUUCAAAUAAAAGGAGAAUACAUUCCUUAAAAAAAUAUGUCCAUUUCCAUGAUUGUAUUGGAAUGAGUCUGACUGAAAUUCAGUUAGUUUACAUAUUAGGAAAUGCAUGUAAAACAGCUUCAAAUGGAAAGCAAUAAAAUCCAAUCCACAGUAUAAUUACUGAUUAUAAUUUUCCUUCACAUCUGACCUUGGAGAAAGAACUUAAAAUUCUGCUAAUGCCAGAUAGAUUGAUGAUAUAGGGUGUGCAAUUGGGAGGGAAGUGUGGGGCAUGUGACAACAGAGGGAUUGUUUACUGCAGGACAGUAGAGGGGAUGGUGCCAUUUGUAUCCAUGCAUGAGGAUCCGACUGUCUACUUAAAACUUCAUUACUGAUUACUGCAAAAUGGUGACAAAAACCAUAUUUUAUGAAAACUGCUAGAAUUGACCCCUUCUGCAUUAAUGCAUGCCUUGCAGCAUAUAAAUUUCACACAAAUUUUGAAUUUCUAGUGCCAGUAAACUUCCAUGCAUACACACAACACCAUGCCACAACUUUACACUGUAAUGUAUCUUGUUGAAUGGCAUCAGGAUUUUCUUCAUUUUGACAUUUUUGCAUAUUGACAUGACCAUUAAAGUAAGGCCUCAACAGUUACAAAAAUCAGUUGUGCAGUAGUAACUAGCUGCUGCCUAAUCUGUUUAAGGUCAUGCAUGUAUGCUAUUUUGUAUGGGUGAAAUUUUGAUACUGGUCUUGUUGGUAUGGAUGCAGGUUCAGUGAAACUUUUGUGUCUUUUGCCAGACGUCUUUAACAGUCUAUGUAUAGUGGGGCAUAUCAUCUUAAAUGUUUACUUCAGCACAUUCUUCUUGGAUCAUUUCAUUUUCUCACAAACUGGUGCUGUUAUUUACCAGUGAUAUAUUCCUGGGAUAUUCCUUCCUCAGUCAUGCAGUAAACUGCUGUUGCCCUAUCACAGGCAUCACAUACCUAUCUCACUGAAUGUGUUAUACCUUUACAUAUGGGAGGUAGCUUGUUCAUUAUGAACAGACACAUCUAAGUGCUGUGAUCUGUAGGUCUGUUUGCUAUUGAUUCUCGUCAGUCCAUAUAUCUGGUGUCUGAAGUACAGGGCAUAUACAUGAAAUGUGUAUUUUGCUAUAACAUUGCUCUUCAUAUCAAGGCAGAGGAAUGUAAACUAAAUGCAUUUGAAUAGGCUAUGUGAUCCAGUUUCUGUGACAUACAUUCAUUGAGGGCACUAUGACCUGGAAGAUAUAGCUGUGUUUUCAGCCUGCAUAUUAAGCAAGUCAAGGGUAAUGGUAACCAUGGCAGCCCAUAGGAAGUUCUGCCAGACUGGUUUCAGUGGUGGCAUGUAAAAAGCACUGUUGAAUGUCACAACAAAGUCUGUAGCAAACUUCUUUGUCUCGGGCAGUUUCAUGUUACAAAAGUUGGUACCUGCGACUUCACACAUUUCUAUAGAAUUCUGUGGCAUGUUUAUUGGGGAGCAUGCCUGGUUGAUUUGCAUGGCCUGAACAAAAAUUGCCCAAACUUAGUCCACCUGAGCUUCAAUAAUUGGUUAUCUCCUAGGCCUUUUUGCCUUCCAGAUGCAACCAAUUUGAUCACAGAGUUUGUACCACUUGUAAACAAACAUUUUUGUUUGUGGUUCUGUUCCAAGACACCAUAGGAAAUAUCCUUUGAGUUGUAACUACAGACCUAGGGUCAUGAAACUGCAGCACAUGUUUAGCUUUUUCUACUUGGAAACAUAUAUAUAUAUAUAUAUACACACACACAACUGAGUGUAGUGCUUCAGGUGGAAAAAUUUGGAAACUCAAGUUGCAUGAAUUAUAUAAACUCAUCAUACUGUCCAUCAGUUGCAUUUAGUUUUCAUUCCUGUGUGUUCAUAAGCAAAGCACAUUUCAUGUCUACACUCCAUAAUGUAAUGCACCUUCAAGUAAUUGUGACUGGUUUCUUUGUAUAACAUGUAUCUGUGGCAUUAUUUUAAGACAGUGGGUGCAGGAAAUUUCAAGAUAGGUCAUGAUGAACAUGGAUUUAAGGAUUAUGCAUCGACUUGUGUACUGAGCUCUUAUUUUUUCCUUCCUACUUAAGAUCUCUCUUUAAUAGUGUUCAGUGGUUUAUUACAGCACAAGAGUAUUAAAUUGCUUAUUGUUAACAACAAGCUGCAAAUGUGUAAUAAUUUGUAUUACAAUAAAUCUUGACUUUGUUCUUUGUCCUUGCAUCUGAAGAGAGAUUACUGAAGUUUGAGACGUACAUUCAAUGCAGAUAAAGGUCGGUUAUUUCAGAUCAGUUUAAUUAAAUAGGAAAGUUAGUGCCUAUAUAGAUACAAAACUUUCAGGGUUUUGAAAUUAUACUGUAAUUAUGCAUGGUGAGUACAAAAUUGAAUUUUGUGUGUCCGGCACAGAAAAAGUUCAGCUAUUUGAGAAGUCAUGCAGCCCUCCAAUUUAUGGCUUGAGUCAAUCACUUUCUUGUUACGAGAACCAUUAAAUACACUUGCUGUCUUUGGUAGGAGUUCACCAUUAUAAAGAAUUGGUGUAUGUUGUUUUUUAAAGUGUACAUGCAGUGUUGCAGUGUCCUACCUAAUAUAUUUGACAGCAUAUAAACUGGAGUAGGUUUAUGUACAUAACUAUUUUAAGAGCUUACUGAAGGGACCAGUUAAAAUAUAAAAUGUCAGCUGUAGGAGGGAAGGUAAUGUGUGGAUAAAAUGAAAACAAAAUAAACCCUUAACAAAGGUUUUACUGUAGACUGCAUUCUCACACUUGAUGUAAUGAGAGUGGCUGUCAAGUAAUAAUGUAACUAUGCUUCAGUAUAUUAUAAUAGAGCAUAAUAUAGCUCUCAAGAAAGCUUUUGUUGCAAUUA